AUGGCGACUGCUUAUUACGAGUUCUAUCGUGGUUCUUCCAUCGGGAUGGCGCUGACAGAUUCACUGGAUGAGCUGAUUACCAGUGGAGCCAUAACACCCCAGUUGGCUAUGAAGGUUCUGCAACAGUUCGACAAAUCGCUUGCAGACACGAUGGUGAAGCAGGUCAAGGUGAAGACGUCCUUGAAGGGUCAUCUUCAUACAUACCGUCUGUGUGAUGACGUUUGGACAUUCAUCGUAAAGGAUCCGUCAUUCAAAAUGGAGGGGGGCGAGAUUGUCAGUGCUCCGAAGAUAAAAAUCAUUGCCUGUAAGAAUGGCGAGGCAAUAGAAGCUGGGAAAAAACAGUAA